GUCAGUUAAGCGCGAGAUUUAAGGCGCGGCGGUUGUCACAAUCAUGGCGCUCGCUUCCCCCGAGGAGCUGGAGUCCCUGAAAUACGCCGAGCUCCAGCGCAUCGCCAAGGCUGCCGGCUUGAAGGCCAAUCUGCGGGCAGACAAAUUGCUGAAAGCACUGAAGCAACGCUUUCAAGAAACAGAACAAGGAAAUGAAGCCAUGGACUCUGAAAGAAGUGCAUCUACUUCCACUGAACUGGAUGAACUGAACAACUGCACGGAAAUUAUGGCUGAUUCAUUGUGUUUUAUGAGAAAAAGACAUGGUAAAGAAAAGAGAAUGACCAGAAAAAAAAGGAACUCCAGUGAGAAAGCUAACAGCAGUGAAGAAAACACAGGGCUUUCUGAUGAGAAAGAGGAGUAUUCUGAAAUGAAAGAAAAUGAAGUGCCUGGAGGUGAACAUGAAAAGGGACAGCAGGUAUUUCAAAAUGAAGAAAAAGCAACUAAAAAGAGAGCUGUUAAGAAGCCAAUGGCAGGUGCUGGUCAGGAACAGCCAGAGAAGACUUCUACUAAAAGUAGUGGAGAUAAAUGUGAUGGUGGUCAUGCCAGAGGGAAAAUCCCUUUAUGUAGAGGCCACGCUUCGAGGUCUCGGAAAGCAGGAACUACACCAAACUUUAAGAAGGUUCAUGAGGCUCACUUCAAGAACAUGGAAUCUAUUUCUGACUAUGUUGAAAGGAAAAAAAAACUGAUUGAAAACUGCAGAUAUGCUCUCACUGAAGUCAAGAAGCAAAGCAGUAGCAAACCUUCCAGCCCAACUCCAAAAAGAGGCAGAUUCUCAGCCACCUGCACCCCCUGUAACCUCCAACGCCCCCCACGCAAUUCCCUGAACACUGCCAGCCAAGGCAUUUUGUCUAAGAAAUCUUCAUUUAAUCCUUCUGUCCUUUCAACAGCCAAAAUGAAUGUCAGGUUCUCAGAAGCCACAAAAGACAAUGAGCACAAGCGUUCUCUCACCAAGACUCCAUCCAGAAUGUCUCCAUACUUGGAGAUCUGCACCACUGGCAGCCAGAAGAGCUGCAAGGUCAUGAAGAGGAAAGACAGCAAGGGAAAUGCAGGAAGCAAUGAUCUGACUGCAUUGAAAGUUAUCACCCCCUUCAAGUUUGCUGCUCACUCUGCAGAACCCACAAGUGCAAAGAAGACAUUUGAUCUCCAAGCAAGUCUCUCGAGGCCACUUCCAUACCAGCCACAUAAAGGAAGACUAAAACCUUGGGGAGAACUUAAAAAAAAUACUGUCCUAAAGAAGUCUGGCAGUAACAACGUCUCUUCAUGUAGGAAAGAUUAUAAACAGCCACAUCUCCAAACCAGGGAAGAAAGGCGUGAGAAACAUGAGCAAGAGAGAAAAGAGAAAAAGGCCCAGGCUCUCAGAAACCGUAGAGGACUAUCUGGGGGUCAGAAGGAAUAAGAAGUAUCAAAGAAACCCCUGUAAAUACUGUUCCUGCCAUGUAAAUAUUUGUGCUGUGUAUGGCUCAGCUUGCUGUUAGCCAGAGGAAUCCAGAGAGCAUUGAAUGAGGCUUUGAAAUGCAUCUGAGUGUAAUGUUUUAGUUAUCAACUUCAGUGAGGUUAGAGGCCUAAACUUUUAAGAGCUUAGAACUGUCUCUAGUUGCUUAGUAUUUUCAUGGAGCUUAUUUAACAAAAAGGCAUAGAAGCAAAAAAA